AUGAACACUACAUUGGGUGACUUACACGAGGAUCUAGUCACUUUAGAGGAUAACGAAAUCAUUGAUACAACUGAGCAUUCAACUCAUUCGUCUUCGCAAUCAACUAGCCAUGGAGAAGAAGAAAACGAAGAGGGUGGCAUUGAAGAUGUAGAAACUAUAGAAAAGGACGGCAGCAAACGUCUCCUUAAAAAAAUCCAUCCAGAAGACGAAAUUGUAAAUGAUGGAUCUAAUAUAUGGAUCCCCGUUCAAAUGCUAAAGAAAAAUAUAGCCAAGUUCUGGUCUCACUUCCUCGCUAUUGAUAAGGAAUUAACGAGAGUUAAAUGCAAACAUUGUGGGGAAGUGCUAACAAGGAAUGAUCCAAGUUUAACAAAGACUUUCAGAUUUCAUAUAAAAUCGAAGCAUAAUAUUAGCGCAAAUAAGAACUUUUAUUCCAUGAAUUUCACUGUGAGGAAUUCCAUUCUUACAGAUAGUAAUUCUCAUGCGAGAAACUCACUUCAGCCCAACUACCGUUCUUUAACAUUCAAUUCAAACUCAAUUCGUAAGUGUUAUGACAUUAAUAAAUUACAAAACAAUACUUUUCUUUCCUUUCCGCGACUAAUAGCCAUAAUUAUAGCUUCCGAAGGGUUGCCACUAAAUUUCUCUGAGAUUGAAUCAUUCAAAUUUUUAGUAUCAAAAUUUCACAAGACCCCUCCCCUGACAACAACCUUGAUAAAAGAGUCCGUUAUGGAACUAUCUAAUUCAAUAGAUGAGUUAAUUAGAAGAUCUGCUUCAAAAAGUGAUGCGUCCUUGCCUGUAAAUAUUCAAUUAUCCGAUACCAAAAACUCAGAUUUUCCUGUUUAUUUACAGUAUACGGAGGAUAUUCGAGCACAACUAACUAGUCUAAACCUAUCCUCACUCGUUUCUUUGAACUUCACAGAACUAGAUAAGACAAGAUCGUUAUUUUCUUUACAAGUGUUCGAUAAUACCAAUAAAGUUUCGAAAAUUUUACCGUUAUCUAUUUUUGUACGUAAAGGAAUGGACAUAGAUAUCAAUGCUUGGGAAGACCAAUUGAACAUUAUAUACUCCAAAUUUUCUGGUUUACGAGAAUCAGUAAUUUCAUUAACUUUACCGAAAAACUAUUAUGCGAAAGUGUUAGAAAACGGAUAUAGUGAAAACCCAACUUUCGAUACCAGAAAUCUUAAGUCGGUAACGUAUCAUGCUUGCAUAGUAACAGAAUUGCUUCAUUGCUUUUUGCAACCAUUUUUCAAUAUGCCUACGGAAUCAUUACUUUCUUCCUUCUCUUUUGUCAAAGAAAGUCAUCCGCCCAACUCGUUGUUGGACUCUUUGACAGACUUUUCAUGCUUGGAUAUAUCAUCAACAGUGCUUGGCAAAAUCAGUUCUUUAAUUGAAGAAAUUAACAUAAACGACUCCCUAAAGUCAGAUUUCAUAUUAUACUGUAACGAUUACACACAGUCUAACUGCAAUGAGUUGACUUCGAUACUUUCAUUCGACUGCAGUAGUUACUCAGCUUUGCAAAAUAAUUUGGAAAAUUUCGUAAAUUUGGUUCCGUUCUUCAAGUCAAUCAAUUCUCAUCUGAAGAAUGAAUCACUCACUGACUCUGAUUUUCGAUUGAUCAUUACUGUGGAGGAAACUUUAAAAACUUUCGAGCAGGCAAUUGAGUAUUUUGCUUCUUCUGCCCCAUUAAAGUUCACACAUACCUUGGUUUUUAUUAUAAGCCUUGAAACUUAUUUGGCAGAAAUUAUACGAAACUCUACUUUUGCCAAAGCAAAAAGACCUUUUGAAAAAAUCUUAUCAAAAAUUUCAAAGGUUAAAGAACUCUAUCUACAUGAUGAUGUCAACUUAAUUGGCGCAUUUUUGUACCCAUCAAUAUUCCAAAAUAAAAACCUACUAAUCGAAAUCUUCGACACAACAUCCAUCAACAAAAUUAUCGAUAAAGUUACUAAAAUUGCCCUUAAAUACCUGCAAAAAUUCAUCAAUAUAACAAAUUUCCAGUCUUCCAAUAAUUGUAAAAACGACGGUCCGAAUUUCCGUGAAAAGCUCAUAUCUGAUUAUGAAACUAUUUUCAUGAAUGGGUCUCAAGAAAUUGAGUUUUUAAACAACGUUAAGGUGAGUUUACCAGAAUCCGAAGAUCUUUUGUUCUCACAGAUCAUUCGGGAUGACCUGUUACGCUAUAUUAACAGAAUUACACACGAACUGCCCAAUGCAUACCACGACUACUUGAAUGAGAAUGAUAUUAGUUUUGAUGGCUCUCACUUUACGAAAAUCGAAUUACCUGAAGAGAACAUUUCAGAUUCAGAAGAGUGGCAGCUAACUCCCAUGGAAGAGAUAUUUGAUAUCCAUAUUCCAAUUUCAGAUACAAUCUGGAAUAAUUACAUAAAUGAUGGUAAUGGGAUUGAAAUAGUGAACAUUUUGCUACGACUAAUUUCAGUAAACUCCGCCUCUUCAAUAAGAUCGGAGUUAUCUUUCUUACACAAAGCUAGUCAACACUUUGAUAAUGAAUUAUAUGAAGAAAGAAUCAAAAUCAAAAUUCUGAAUUCUCAAUAUAAUCUAGAAAAUAUCGACUUCAACUCUGGGUCUAUUUUUGACACCUGCCAAUAA